AUGAGGUGGAUUGAAAAGCCGUGUAAUUUGGUCAACUACGAGCUCAAAUGCAGUAAGAGGCUAGUCGAACUGCCUGGAAAGUGUACGAAGGAAUGGAUGGUUCAACAGCCGUACCCAUGCGCGUUGACUUCCACCGUGGAAGAAUGUACGGUCCAAGACAUCCAAGUUUCAGACCAAUGCACGAAGUCUGUGGUGAAACCAGUAUCAUUCGACUGCGUCAAGGAAACCUUGGAAACCUACUGCGAGGGGCAACUUGAAUUCAUAACACUGCCGCAGACGGCUGUGAGGCCUCCGCCAAAAGACCAGGAAUCGUGGAAGAAAAACAAGCUUCCUCUCAAAGUACUUCGCAAGCUGGUGGAGGUGAAUCAGGGCGAGCAGGACAGUGGUCCUCUCGAAGAUUCCUUCGGUUCCGUCGGCGGACAUUCUUUAUGCCACCGAAAAGCUCAACGGCACGUUCCAUACACAUGUUCUCGUCCGCGUAUGAAACAAAAGUGCAACGUGAUCAAGCAAACACGAAAGCACCGAUACUUCGCCUGCCAGACGAAGGUGCCUGUGACCACAUGUUCUCCUGUUGAAAAGACUGAUGCCACCACUUGCUACCGUGCGGCGCGAAAGGCAAUGGAAUACUCAUGCGUGAAACCAACAGAGGUCGAGGAAUGCGUGCCCGUUCCCGCUUAUAUUGCCGGCAAGUGUUUCGAGCAAGAAGAGUACAAGGAAGCGUACGAAUGCACAGAGACUCAAGUUCGCCAGAAAUGCGAAGACUUGGAAAAAGAAGUUGCGUCCCGCUGUGAUAAGUUACGCAACAAGCAGCCCUCGCAGCACUCUCCCUGGCUCACACAGUUGCUGGGAUACCAUCUUCAACUCCUGAACUACCGAACAGACCCAGCAUCGCUGCGCUAUCCUCUCACUCUGCAAAAGAUCGGCUUGGUGACAGAUCACGUUAUGAUGAACGACUCUCGUCUGCCACCUUCUCACGUCGUCGAACUCAACGACAUAGGCAACCAGCACCGUAAGUACUACAAUACUGAUCCCAGUCGAGUCCUACCGCCAGUACCACCCUCACCUCUGCCACCGGUUGCGUUCCACAGUCUUGCCCCCAGUGAAGACCACCAUGCUCAUGAUGUCGUUUUGAUCGAGCAUCAGCGAGACAGAUCCGAGGCACGUUCUCCAGUUUCUGAUGACGGGUCCCCGGCGCCGUUGGCACCUCUAGCUCCCGGUUCACCAGUGCCGUCGUUGCUCUUCGACGUACCUUCUCCUUCCCUUGCGCAACCUUCAGGAGAAAACAACGACAACGGUUCCAAAUAUUCUCAGUCUGGCCACAACCGGAAUUCACAAGGGCUGUCAGGCGAUGGUGCAGCAGCUCCGCAUUCGGAUUUUCAGCCGGAAAAGCUGCGUGAACUGCUGGAGUCGCUGUUGUCGGAGCUGCGGAUCGAAGAGAAAAAUUUGACUAGAACCAUGAAUAACACUGAUGCCGACAAUGGUCCAGUCGACGACCUGGCACAAGAACUCGAACUCAUCAGAGACGAUAUUGGAGUUGUUGAAGAUGGGCUUUCACGUCUUGAGAGAAAGGACCUCUCGAAUACGGAGAUGCAGAGCUUAUGGCAGUUCCUCCUCGGAGACAACGCAUCUUCAAUGGAGGGAGUCUCACCAGAUUCAGACGCGAGUGAGGCAGAUGACGUGUACGGGACAAAGAAGGAUGCAGAGCCCACACUCGACUCGGCAACUAUCGAGCCGAACCCGCAUUACAUGAAUUCCGCUCAUGAUCAUAUGCCCAUGAAUGCAACACAACCUGUGUUUCCGGAAGAUAGGGUAGGCUCUGUAGCUUUAGCAGCAGCUGCGGCUGCCCUUCACAAGGCAAUGGAGAUCAGUUUUGCCAGUCCGAAUACUUCCGGUCACCACCAGCUGCAGCUCAAAAAAAUGUCGCCGCAUGUCGCAGCAAGCCCCAGAGAAGCGUUAAUGGCAGCCAUUCUGCAGGGAGCCUUCGAGAUAAAGGCUCGCAUACUGAGAUCAAUGCAAGCUAUUCAGCAACUCUUGGAAACUGCAGACAUGCCAACGGACCGAGAAAAAGAAGCAGAGGAUCUUCUGGAAGGACUAAAACGUGAUAUGGAGAAAAUGCAUCAAAUUGUGGACCGGGUGAAAGCUGGGGAGCUAUCCCUCAGUGACCUGCAAUAUAUUGCAAUCCAGUUGGAGGCCAUUCGGCAGGAGGUUAAGACUAGUGACGUGGCACAAGCCGAAAGUAGUUCACAGUAUCCUUCAAACCUUCGGCCUACUUCCGAGAGAGCCAAUUUUCCUAGUGCUGGCAUGUUACGAAGCCAGCUUGAACAAGGGAACUUGGAUGGUCAACUUGAUCCUGGCAGUGUGACUGAUCUGCCUUUUGCUGGCAAAGGCAUACCCUCCAGUCAGGGAACCGGCGCUGUUGCCUUCGAAUCCGACCGGGCUGAGCCCUCCUCAGAAAAAGAAAACAGAAAUUUUUUAACUCCGCCAGCGCGUACCAAUGUGUACAUUACAAUUAACAUCGACGAAAGCGGCUCCGUUACCUCUGGCCGGUAA